ACCCCACAAACUCAACUUGGUACCGCUACACUACAUCACCUCCCAAGUUGUCCCAACCAGUCCAAACCCCACAAACACACCCACCCUCUUUCUCUUUUUCUCUCUCUUUUCUCAUCACCACCAUCACCAGUGUUAUCGCCAAAACCAAAACCAAAACCAAUACCAAUACCAAUACCAAGAAAGCAAAAGCAAAAGCAAAAGCAUGUACAGAGACACGUCGAGCUGCAACACCUACAACUAUGGCGAUGCUCUGUACUGGGACGCUCGCUACAUCCAAGAAGGUGGUUCCUUUGAUUGGUACCAGCGUUACUCUGCUCUCCGCCCUUUCGUUCGCAAGUAUGUUCGUCCCUCCUCUCGUGUGCUCAUGGUUGGCUGUGGCAAUGCCGUUAUGUCAGAGGACAUGGUCAAGGAUGGAUAUGAGGACAUAAUGAACAUUGACAUUUCAUCAGUGGCCAUUGAGAUGAUGAGAAGAAAAUAUGAAUACAUCCCUCAGCUGAAAUAUAUGCAAAUGGAUGUUAGGGAUAUGAGCUUCUUCCCUGAUGAAUCAUUUGACAGUAUCAUUGAUAAAGGAACUCUUGAUUCUUUGAUGUGUGGCACUGAUGCUCCAAUUAGUGCAACUCAAAUGCUAGGGGAAGUGAGUAGGCUGCUUAAACCUGGAGGGAUCUAUAUGUUGAUAACCUAUGGCGAUCCUUCAGUAAGGAUGCCUCAUUUGAUCCGACCAGUGUACAAUUGGAAAACUCUGUUGUACAUUAUACCCAGACCGGGAUUUGAGAAGGAUGAAGGUUGUAGUUCGGCAAAAAAGUCAUACUUGGAACCUGUUCCUACCACUGAGAAUGGCUUACUUCCACCAAGUUUUGUUUUGGAAGAUCCAGAUUCUCACUUUAUAUAUGUGUGUAGAAAGAUGGAUGAAACAGAGCUAAUCUUCACACCUACCCAUUGAAAACUGACAUUCUAUAGGAAUGCCUAGUGCUGGUAAGGAAAUUUGUGCGCUGUUUACAAGCUCCAUCAUGCAUCAUAGUCACUGAUAUGAUUAUUGUUGUGAAAUUUACAACCUGGACUAGUCAUUAGCAUAGUUGGAGUUGUUUGUAAAAGAUGCAAAAUCCUAUUUUUUUGACUUGACAUCACAGGCUAGUUUAGACAUGAAGAAUAAAAAGGAAAUGAAACCCAUCGGACAAAUGGUGAGCUAAGCAUCAGCUUUAUUUCAUGCUACUGUACCACUAGACCAGAAUUUUGUUUUCUAUUUUUGAAGCACUUAUCUGAAUUAAUUCUGACUGCAAGUGUAUUGUAGCAUUGGUUGUAAUGUAACAUUCUAGCUUCAAUUUACUAUUUAUGGUGACUGUUAUGGUUGGGUA